AUGACUGCGUUGGCGGGGUCGAUACCCAGGAUGAUGCGACCCACGCUGGCUCAGAACUACCCCCGGGGUGGCUUCCCUCUGGAAGUGUCUACCCCGUUGGGUCAAGGCCGAGUGAACCAGCUCGGGGGGGUUUUCAUAAACGGCAGACCUCUGCCCAACCACAUCCGACACAAAAUCGUGGAGAUGGCCCAUCACGGCAUCAGGCCCUGCGUCAUCUCCAGACAGCUGCGGGUCUCCCACGGAUGCGUGUCCAAAAUCCUGUGUCGGUACCAAGAGACCGGCUCCAUCAGGCCCGGGGCCAUCGGAGGCAGCAAACCCAAGCAGGGGACGACGCCGGACGUAGACAAGAGAAUAGAAGAAUACAAGCGGGAAAACCCGGGUAUGUUUAGCUGGGAGAUUCGGGAUAAGUUACUGAAGGAUGGGAUAUGUGACCGCAACAACGUGCCUUCAGUGAGCUCCAUCAGUCGCACCAUGAGGAGUAAGUUCGGGGGUAAAGGCGAUGAAGAGGAGGACGAGGAGGAGAUCGAGAGGAAGGAGCUGGAGGAAAACGACCGGAGGGCCAAACACAGCAUCGAAGGGAUCCUGGGAGACAGAUCGAGUCACUCCGACGAGGGUUCAGACGUGGAGUCGGAGCCCGAUCUGCCGCUCAAGAGGAAGCAGCGUCGCAGUCGCACCACCUUCACGGCGGAGCAGCUGGAGGAGCUGGAGAGGGCCUUCGAGAGGACCCACUACCCCGACAUCUACACCAGGGAGGAGCUCGCCCAGAGGGCCAAGCUCACCGAGGCCAGGGUCCAGGUUUGGUUCAGCAACAGGAGGGCGAGGUGGAGGAAGCAGGCGGGAGCCAGUCAGCUGAUGGCGUUUAAUCACCUGAUCCCAGGAGGGUUCCCACCUUCAGCCAUGUCCAGCAUCGGCUCCUACCAGCUCUCCGACAGCCCCUACCCCCCCUCAUCUAUAGCACAAGUAUCGGAGCCCCACAGCACGCUGCAUCGGCCCCAGCCCCUCCCUCCCUCCUCGGGCCACCAGCCCGGCGGAGGUGGAGGUCAGGUGGAAGGAGGCUCAGCCUACUGCCUCGCCUCCGGACGCCACACCUUCUCCGGCUACUCGGACGGCUUUGUGAGCGCCGGAGGACCGUCCAACCCCAUGAACCCCGCCCUAGGAAACGGACUCUCAUCACAGACAGAGGUCUACAUUAGCAAACAUAUAGAAGCUCACAAAUACUUUGUCUUUUGCUCAUUUUCAACUCAAACUAACCGUAUUAGCCGCCGCAUUAGCGCCACUCACAGCACUCUGACAGUAAACUUAACCCUCUCUCCUUCAUUCCAGGUGAUGGGUCUGCUGAACCCGGGCGGCGUGCCACAUCAGCCCCAAAGCGACUACGCCAUCUCCCCACUGACGGGCGGCCUGGAGCCCCCCGCCGGCAUGGCCGCCAGCUGCAGCCAGCGCAUGGAUCACAUCAAGGGCCUGGAGGGUCUCACCAGCGUCCCCUCCAUGUCGGCCCUGCCCUCCCUGCCCAGCUCCCAGUCCUACUGCCCGGCCUCCUACAGCUCACCGGGCUACACCGUCGACCACGUGGCGUCCUACCAGUACGGCCAGUACGGACAAAGUGCCCUUUCUUAUCUGAGGCCUGAGAUCACCUGA